GAUCUGGUCACAUGAUCAAGAACAACAUGGCCGAGUGUUGAUGGGCUCUUAAGGACACAGAAUACAUGUCAAGGCGGUGCUAUUUUUAUCCGUUGUAAUUUACAUAGAUGUUCAAAAUGGCUUCCAAAUUCAGCCUUGCCCUGGUACAACUCGCAGUUGGGGCGUCAAAGUCUGACAAUCUUGCCCGGGCAUCCAAACUCAUCAAAGAAGCUGCGAGUGGUGGAGCAAGAGUUGUGGCACUACCGGAAUGUUUCAAUUCCCCGUAUGGCACCAAGUAUUUCCCUGAGUAUGCCGAGGCAAUCCCUGGACCGUCCACUAAUGCCUUGUCCAAAGCAGCCAAGGAGAACAACGUCUUUGUGGUGGGAGGUUCAAUCCCAGAAGAAGAGAACGGCAACUUCUACAAUACCUGCACUGUGUACGACCCUGAGGGAUCCCUCAUUGCUAAACACAGAAAGGUGCAUUUGUUUGAUAUUGAUGUCCCCGGCAAAAUUACUUUCCAAGAAUCUGAAAUCCUAUCUCCCGGCAACCAGCUGACUUUCUUCAAUACACCUUUCUGCAGGAUCGGGGUCGGGAUCUGCUACGAUAUCCGUUUCCCUGAAAUGGCCAUGCUGUACGCUCAGAGAGGCUGCAAGUUGCUGCUGUACCCUGGAGCCUUCAACAUGACCACGGGCCCCGCCCACUGGGAGUUGCUACAGAGGGGCCGCGCCCUUGACAACCAGAUAUACGUUGCCACUGUCUCUCCAGCCAGGGAUGAGAAGGCGUCAUACAUCGCCUGGGGUCACAGCAGUGUUGUCAGUCCAUGGGGUGAGGUGAUAGCCACUACUGAGCACCAGGAGACUGUGGUCUAUGCAGAUAUAGAUGUGGACUAUGUGAUGGAGGUCCAGCAGCAGAUCCCAGUUCACAGUCAGAAGAGGCAGGAUCUGUACAGGGUGGAAGAUCUCUCUGACCUGGAUGGGGUGGAAUAAAUCUGUGUAUCAAACAGCAGGGGGUGGAAUAAAUCUGUGUAUCGAACAACAGAUAAAUCUCUCUCUCAGGCAGCACAUUUUAUUAUCGGUUGAGGGUAGGGGGUGGAUGAAUAUGUCAUGAUACAUCAUGCAACAGUUGUGGCUGAGUGUUCAUGGGAGUUGGGGUGAGAUCUGUUGUGUGUUUGAUCUUCCAUUGAAGUAGGCAUUGUUUAAGGACUGUGAUUACGCUCUUACCCAGAAUACAAGUAGCUGGACAGCAUAGGUGAUUUCAGUUAUACUUAAUGAACGAGAUGUUUUAAAUUUUGAUAAUGGUUAAAAUUU